CCAAUGGACAACCUGACAUUCAGAAACAGCAUUCUGCUAGUGGAGGGACUGAAAGUUACACCUCAGUCUUCUUAUCCUGUUUUCAUCGUUCUUCUCUUGGUUUAUAUAUUUAUCAUGGUAUCAAACAUUGGACUCAUAAUUAUGAUCUCAACAGAAAAGAAUCUGCAUCACCCUAUGCAUCUUCUAUUCUGUAAUCUACCACUGAAUGAUAUUAUGGGAACCACUGUUGUUUUGCCACGGUUAAUGCAGGAUAUUUUAAAAGAGGCCUCAGAGCGAUAUAUCACGUAUUUUGAGUGUGUUAUUCAAGCGUAUUUUGUGCAUGUUUUUGCAGUGGCAUCCCAUUAUGUGCUGAUGAUAAUGGCCUUUGACAGAUACGUGGCUAUAUGUAAUCCAUUACGAUACACAUCUAUAAUGACAAAUAAAAUGGUGCUUAAACUCUCAGCAUUAGCCUGGGGUUUGGCGAUAUUUUUAGUGACGAUUCUGUUAGGCCUUACGAUACGUCUGUCUCGCUGCAUAUAUAAAAUUGAAAAUCCUUUCUGUGAUAAUGCCUCACUGUUUAAACUGUCCUGUGAAGAUGUGUCUGUCAAUAAUGUAUUUGGAAUCAUUUACACAGUAAUUGUUUUAACGCUCUCACUUGGGUCUGUAUUCAUAACGUAUAUUAAGAUUGCUACUGUGUGCCUUACCAGCAAAAACAAAGCACUCAACAGCAAAGCCAUAAAAACCUGCAGCACUCACAUGGCUGUUUAUAUAAUCAUGUAUGUAUCUUGUGGCAUUUUUGUUUUUCUACAUCGAUUUCCUGACUACUCAGACAGCAGGAAACUAGCUAGUAUAAUGUUUCAUAUUGUACCACCAGGAUUAAACCCCUUAGUAUAUGGUUUACAAACCAAAGAAAUACGACAGAAAAUUACAAAAUUUUGGUGGAGAAAAAAGUAA